AAAAAAACGAGGCUGUUGGAGUGUCCCUGGGGCAGGGGUGCUGUAAAGGGGAAUCCCCACUCUUCCAGAAUGUGGGCUGGAGCACGCAGCCGUGUCAAGUCUCACCUGGUGCAUGGGCACUCUGGUAUCCUUACAGCUGACGCAGGCCCUCCGCAGUGCUCUGUUUACUAGCUUGUCACGGCGGCGUUGGCGGUGACUGGCAGACUUCCGGUGGCAUCACCACUUGACCCUGCCAGCGCGUGCAAUCCGCCACAUCCUCACCUCUAAAUUUAGUGCAUAGGAACCUGGGCCUCUAAAGGAAGGGAGGGAGAGACUCCAGACAGUCCUGCUUGGCGUGUUCCCUGGAGGGUGGGGGCCUAAAAGAAGGGGAAGAGGGUAGCGGAGGAGGAGGAAGCAGGAAAGACUCCUGCCCACCUAUUAGUGGCCCGCAAAGCCUGGAUUGCCUGGGAGGGAUUCUGGGUCUCUAGCGCCAUCUGCCUGUAGUCUACCCUGACUUGACUAGUUGAGUCUGGGAGUGGAAUAGGAGGUGCACUAGGAGAGGAGGCACUUCUGUCUUGGCCCAUACAUCACGUGGAAUAAGUUGGGGGAGAAGCAGCCUCUUAGCCUGAGCAUAUUUAGGAAGCAAAGCACCUAUUUUGCUAAACCUGCAAGUGUUAGAGGACACUGUCUCGGGGAAAAUGGAAACGUCAGCUGGAAGUGGACAUAUCUUGACAUGCCGUGCAACCUCCGUUCAGACCAAGGCUCCUAGAAAGUGAGUACGGACGGUAUGCAAAGUUGUGAAUCCAGUGGCGACAGUGCGGAUGACCCUCUCAGUCGUGGCCUACGGAGAAGGGGACAGCCUCGUGUGGUGGUGAUCGGCGCCGGCUUGGCUGGCCUGGCUGCAGCUCGAGCACUUCUGGAGCAGGGCUUCACGGAUGUCACUGUGCUUGAGGCUUCCAGCCACAUUGGGGGCCGUGUGCAGAGCGUGAAACUUGGACACGCCACCUUUGAGCUGGGAGCCACCUGGAUCCAUGGAUCCCACGGGAACCCUAUCUAUCAACUAGCAGAAGCCAAUGGCCUUUUGGAAGAGACAACAGAUGGGGAGCGCAGCGUGGGCCGCAUCAGCCUCUACUCCAAGAAUGGCGUGGCCUGCUACCUUACCAACCGUGGCCGCCGCAUCCCCAAGGACGUGGUUGAGGAAUUCAGUGAUUUAUACAACGAGGUCUAUAACUUGACCCAGGAGUUCUUCCGGAAUGGUAAACCAGUCAAUGCUGAGAGUCAGAACAGUGUCGGGGUGUUCACCCGGGAGAAGGUGCGGAAUCGCAUCAGGGAUGACCCUGACGACACAGAGGCCACCAAGCGCCUGAAGCUCGCCAUGAUCCAGCAGUACCUGAAGGUGGAGAGCUGUGAAAGCAGCUCUCACAGCAUAGAUGAAGUGUCCCUGAGCGCCUUUGGAGAAUGGACGGAGAUCCCUGGCGCCCAUCACAUCAUCCCCUCCGGCUUCAUGCGAGUUGUGGAGCUGCUGGCUAAGGGCAUUCCCCCACAUGUCAUCCAGCUGGGGAAACCCGUCCGUUGCAUCCACUGGGACCAGGCCUCGGCUCGCCCCCGGGGUCCUGAGAUCGAGCCCCGUGGUGAGGGUGACCACAAUCACGACGCUGGGGAGGGUGGCCAGAGUGGAGAGAAUCCCCAGCAGGGGAGGUGGGACGAGGAUGAGCAGUGGCCUGUAGUCGUGGAGUGCGAGGAUUGUGAGGUGAUCCCAGCAGACCACGUGAUUGUGACCGUUUCGCUGGGCGUGCUCAAGAGGCAGUACACCAGUUUCUUUAGGCCAUGUCUGCCCACAGAGAAGGUGGCCGCCAUCCACCGCCUGGGCAUUGGUACCACUGACAAGAUCUUCCUUGAAUUCGAGGAGCCCUUUUGGGGCCCUGAGUGCAACAGCCUGCAGUUUGUGUGGGAGGAUGAGGCAGAGAGCUGUACCCUCACCUACCCGCCUGAGCUCUGGUACCGCAAGAUCUGUGGCUUCGAUGUCCUUUACCCACCAGAGCGCUAUGGCCAUGUGCUGAGUGGCUGGAUCUGUGGGGAGGAGGCUCUCGUCAUGGAGAGGUGCGAUGACGAGGCUGUAGCGGAGAUCUGCACGGAGAUGCUUCGACAGUUCACAGGGAACCCCAAUAUACCAAAACCUAGGCGAAUCCUGCGCUCAGCCUGGGGCAGCAACCCAUACUUCCGGGGUUCCUAUUCAUACACACAGGUGGGCUCAAGUGGGGCAGAUGUGGAGAAGCUGGCCAAGCCCCUGCCCUACACAGAGAGCUCCAAGACAGCGCAUGGAAGCUCCACAAAGCAGCAGCCUGGUCACCUUUUAUCAUCCAAGUGCCCAGAACAAUCCCUGGACCCUAGUAGGGGCUCCAUAAAGCCCAUGCAGGUGCUGUUCUCCGGUGAGGCCACACACCGCAAGUACUACUCCACCACCCACGGUGCUCUGCUCUCUGGCCAGCGUGAGGCCGCUCGGCUCAUCGAGAUGUACCGAGACCUCUUCCAGCAGGGGCCCUGAACGGUGUCCUCACUGCCAAACGUGUUCCUUAAAGAACCACUAACUCGUGACUGCUGGUCCCCGUCCCUUGCCCCCGUGCUCUUAACUUCCUCAUUGUCUGUAGAAUGGGAUUCGCCUUCUGUAGUGGACACCGGGCUGACUUCCGACCUGGCUCUAUAGCUUUUCUUUUUCUCCAGGCUGGGUAACGACCAGGUGGGAUCCUGCUUCCUGCUUUCCUCCUCUCUCCAUGUUCUUGCAAGUGCCUUCAAUACUUCGCAUUUUUGGGAUAAUAAAAGAAGUGACCCUUCCCAA